CUUGCUCUCUGGUCCAAAAGAGGAAGAGGGACAUGUCAGCACCACCGACAUCUCUCACUCGCAGCCAGAGUGCCUCUAAGCCUCCACAGGACCAAUCAGGAGUCAGAGAUGCUAAGGCACUUUUUGGUCAACUGGUUUGGUGAAACCUGUGCUGCAGAUGACCAUGAAAAAAGACUAGUUAAUGUGCUGAUCACAGGCAUGGGAAGUAGGACAAUAAUAAGUUUAACACAGUUAUAAAGUAGUAGUUUUUUUUUUUUAGAAAAUCAGUAUUAUGCCAAAUGCUGUGUAUUGAGUUUAACUUGUAUUGGACCCGGAAUAUUUAUUUAAUGCUACUAGGACUUUUAUUUUGACACAAUAUCUGAGCAAAGCUCCACUCCCGGAACCGACAUCAGCCUCCACUAGCAACAGUCUAAAAGCGUUACACCGUUUAGAAGUGAAAAACAAAACAAGAAAAUAUCACGUUACGAGCAGAGACUAAAACACUUGCCGUAAUCUAAAUUGGCACUGAAAUACACUUGCCCGAGGGACCUUCUGGUGGCCCAAACGCAGAGGUAUGGCAAGGAUGGCGAGUUACCGGGCGUUUCACACCCAGCUCGCGACCAUCAUGGAGACGCUGACGCGCGCGGCGGUGGCAGAGAUCUGCGAGCUCGUGGACGACGGUUAUGCCGUUUUAAACAUCGAGAUUUCGCGCCAUCAGAAGGAGAACGAGGAGCUAAGACGGAAACUUCAGCUCAUAGAGUCCAUCGUUGCGGCGCGGGGCUACAGCGACGAGAACACGACACUGCGAGACGGUCAGUGUGACAGUAAUAUUGGCGAAGCGCCUGUGAGCAGAAAAACGUUCGGAUGCGGAGAAUCCACGAGCCGGAGCUCCGCGGCGGAGUCCCGCGAGGAAGUAGAUCUGAUUCAGAUGCAGAUCAAAGUGGAAGGUCUCGAGCAGCAGCCGCUGGCAGAUGAUGACGAUGAUGAUGUUGAAAGCGUCUCUGCAGUAACUUGUGACUCUCCUAAACCAGAUGUUGCUGAACUGUCUUGUCAGGACUCUUACACAUUUGCACAUUCCCCUGUGCAUGACACAAACACACAUACACUCCCACAUUCCCCUGACAAUGGCACAAACUCUCACACACAUGCAUUUGCAGACACACACUCUGGUGCUGAUGAAUCCCAGCACUCCAGUAUCGAUUUGACGGAUGCCGAUGAUGUCUCCUUUUCCCUCGCACGCAGUAAGUCAGAGACUCGUCCCUCCCAUCUCCAUCGAGUGUUUCAGGAAGACUUUUGUGUGAUGGCUGAUCAGGACACAGUCUCCGACUGGACCACACAUUCUGUCUGUAACACACUCAAGCAUUCACAAACCUCCCCACAGACGGUUGGUGGCUCAGAUCCUCUUGUAUCCCAUAAUUCACCAUUGUUUGCUGCACAGCAACUGGUUGCUCUGGGGAACAUCUCAGGGCUGAGUCUCUAUGGGCGGUUGGGAGCUCUACGGGGAGUUGAAGCCGGCAAAAGACACUUCAUUUGCUCAAUCUGUGGGAAGAGUUUCACCACGUCACAGAGUUUGGACACGCACAUGCGCAUACACACUGGUGAACGGCCGUACCGUUGUGAGCAGUGCGGGAAGCGUUUCACGCAGUCUGGCCACCUCACGGCUCACCAGACUGUCCAUACUGGCGAGAGACCAUACGAGUGCACCCACUGCGGAAAACGAUUUGCAGGAAAACAGUACCUACGCAUACAUGCCAAGAAACACCACCCUGACUUACACAUGCUCUCACAUAUAGCUACAAACACACAGCAGGAAACACCACCCUGAGUGAAAUGAAACGCAUCCCUAGAGCGUACACGUGCUCACAACACGGAGAAAGCUGGAAACAAGUUUUGUUGAUUAUUAAGAUUUUUUUCUUAUUUAUUCAGUUGGAAAGUUGUUUGGUGGAGGUGUCCUGUAUCUUGCAUUAUACAGAAGAGUAUUAAUGAAAGUCAUUAAUUUUUUAAAAUGUUUGAAGAGUUAACAUGCCAGUCCUGAUUGUAGUUAUGCAGUGGUGAGGCCUGUAUUCUCAAACAGGUUAUGGAAAAAUUAAAGCACUGUCAGCGAGAACACCUGUGUACAUUAUACACACUGCAGGGAAACCAUAUGAAAGCCAACAGUUGUACAUUAGUACAUCAAUAUUGGAAGAAACAAAGACUCUUAAAAAGAGCAUGUACACAAAGUCAGAUACCCACUAACAUGUUCAACUUGAAUACACAGUUGCACAUAGAGUAGAUGUGCUGACAGUGUACAGGAUAAUGUGUGGCUAUUUCAAUGAAGAGGUUUGUUAUGAUCUAAAUUAGAUAGAACUAUAGAUUUUACAUUUAUACUUACAGAUGGUCUGAGGAGAAACACUAACUGCAUUAAUUUGUUUUAUUUAAAAUAAACAAAUUCAAGGAAGAGUGUUUGUGUCUCCCAAGUGUCUAUUUUUAAGUCGUUGUGACUGCUAUAUCUAAAAAAACAAAAAAAUCUUUAUAUAUAUUUAUAUAAUGCAUCCGGAAAGUAUUCACAGCGCUUCACUUUUUCCACAUUUUGUUAUGUUACAGCAUUAUUCAUUAUUUUCCUAAAAAUUCUACAAACAAUACCCCAUAAUGACAACAUGAAAGAAGUUUGUUUGAAAUCUUUGCAAAUGUAUUAAAAAUAAAAAACGAAAAAAAAUCACAUGUACAUAAGUAUUCACAGCCUUAUAUUCACAUAUAAGCUGUCCUAUAAUUUUCUGUGUGAUUCAAGUACAUGUGGACCAAUUUUGUUUAUGACAUCACAGUGGAGAGGAGUAUCAAACAAAACCUUGGAAGUACUUUGCUUGCACUGCAACAUACCCAUUCCUGUCUAGAACAGGUAGGUGAUGUUCAAUUGCUAAAAGCACAAUAAUUGAACGAGAGCAAACAUAGAACUGAUUUCUGCCACAAUCUUUUCUUAUUGGUCAUUCAUGUUUUUAAAGGUAUAGCUCACCAAAAAAAUGAAAAUUCUGUCAUCAUUUAAUCACACUCAUGUUGUUUCAAACCUAUAUUAAUUUCUCUGUUCCGUGGCACACAAAAGGAAAUGUUAGUCAGAGUCAGUCAACUUUCCCUUUAAUUGCAUUUUUUUCAUCCAAUGAAAGUGAAUGGUGACUGAGACUAACAUUCUGCCUAUCUCUUUUUGUGCACCUUGAAAGAAAGUAAUAUGGGUUUGAAACAACAUGAGGGUGUGUAAAUUAUGACAAUUUUAAUUUUAGGUUGAAUUAUUUUUUUUUAACAUACUUUAAACAUUGUCACUGUUUUCUAGGCAGAUUUGAGAUGGCAACUGGUUAAAC